AUGGCACCCCAACAGAAUCACGAUAAGUUCGGUUACCCGAAGCUCCUGAACAAGAGCAAUGACGCUGCUGCUACUGUAAACGUCCCUAUUAAGCCGUUGCAUGAUCCACAGACAAACUGCACGGAACAAAUGAUGAUCUGGCAAUGGGACGAAGCAACGGGCUGGGAGGCUCCCGAAAUUCGACCUUAUGGGCCGCUUCCCAUCAUGCCUAGCGCUAGUGUCCUCCAAUAUGCAACAGAAUGCUUCGAAGGUAUCAAAAUUUACAGGGGAUACGACGACCGAUUACGUGUUUUCCGACUGCAGCUCAACUGCGAGCGGAUGCUGAAGUCUUCUCUUCGCGUUGGAUUGCCUUCAUUCGAUAUAGCUCAUCUUGAAUCCAUCAUCAUGCAGUACGGGGCGCUUCAAGCAGAGAAAUGGCUACCUAGUGGACAAACAGGCCAAACUCUAUAUCUACGACCAACACACAUAGGAACAACAGCUGCCCUUGGUGUGCAAAGGCCCCGACAGUCUCUGAUAUACAUCAUUGCAACAUUGCUUCCAGGAUUCUCCACCAAAGGAAAUGGUAUGAGAUUGCUGACUUCCCCAGCUGACACUGCCCGAGCUUGGCCUGGAGGUUUCGGAAAUAGGAAGCUUGGAGGCAACUAUGGGCCAACUCUACCUGCACAUGACGCUGCCCUUCAGGCUGGAUUCGACCAAAUACUGUGGCUAUUUGGACCCGAGGGAUUUGUUACUGAAGCAGGCGCGAGUAACUUUUUUGUUGUCUGGAAGACAAAACAAGGCGAUAUUGAACUCGUCACCGCGGGUCUAGACAAUGGCACAAUAUUAGAAGGCGUGACGCGCUAUAGUGUCUUGGAUUUAGUACGGUCGAAUCGUAACCAACAGUCUGUGUGGCAGUAUGAGGGGAAAUCACUCCCUCCUUUAACAGCAGUUGAAAGAGAUUUCUCCAUAAAUGAGAUACAGGAUGCAGUGGAGGAAGGCCGACUGAUUGAGGCAUUUGCAGCAGGAACUGCGUAUUUCAUUGCGCCGGCUGAGAUUAUUCACCAUCGAGGAAAGGAUAUUCACAUCCCUCUUCCAUCCGCAGAGUCAGCAUCCAUCUUCAAGUUCCCGUCAGACUCUGUGGCUACUGCUGCUCAGAGCAGAAUCGUCACCAUGUUCGGUUGGAUGACGCUGGGCGUAUUUGCCCAAACUUUGAGCGCCUUCGCAGUGCCCACUCAAGAUGAAGAUCUAUCUGUCUAUGUGAAUCCGUUUAUUGGAACUGCUGGACCAGAUGGCACGGGAGCCAACUCGGGCGACACUUUUCCGGGGGUUUCUUUGCCUUUUGGAGUUGUGAAACUUGGGCCAGAUACCACUGAGAUGAAUCCAAGCACAAACGCUUUUGCUGGAUACACGCCAGAUGGAAACGUCACUGCAUUUACUUGCUUUCAUGAGUGCGGUAUUGGAGGCGCUUCCAAAUACGGUGUCGUCGGGCACAUGCCACUCACAACUCUGGCAGGCAUUAAUGUUCUCGAUAACACGACUUACCAACAGCCUCGUGUUUCAAUGGACAGAGCUGCUGUGGGGUACUACCGCUCUGAUUUGGCAAAUGGAGUCACAGUUGAGCUUACUGCAUCUAACCAUGCUGGAUUCUUCCAAUACACGUAUCCAGAGAACACGGAUCGCAUCAUUCUUCUGGAUGUAUCGCACAAUUUGCCAUCUCUAGCUGAGUUCAUCAAGUCUCAGUCAUAUAGCAAUGGCCAAAUUGAAGUAACAAACGGAGGCCGGCGAGUGCGGGGAUGGGGAGUUUGGAGAGGAGGCUGGGGAGGCACAGGAAUCAAUUGGGGAGUCGGCAAGUUCUCAUCAGCCCAUCAGAACUGGCAGUACUUCUCUGGGCCAUGGAAUGCUCCUGAUAAUCCCCCAAGCCCUUCUACGCCGGUGACUUGGGGUAAUGCAUCAACGAACCCUCACGGAGUUCAGGGUGGUCCUGACGGCGACGACUCUGGAGACAGAGUCGGAGCAGUUUUCAAGUUUCCUGCCAAAACUACAGUUGUCAAAUCCAAGACUGGAGUAUCAUUCAUCUCGGUUGAGAAAGCUUGUGCAUUUCAGAAAGAAAUCCCAUCUUGGACGCUAAACGAUACUGUAAAAGCCACUAAGAAAGUAUGGAACGAUGAUGUUUUUAGUAAAAUUUCUAUCCAAGAGCCGUCUAAGAAUGAGACACGCCUGACACUCUUCUACUCUGCGCUUUAUCGCAUGCACCAAAUGCCUUCCGACAGAACCGGAGAGAACCCAAUAUGGAACUCCACAGAGCCGUAUUACGACGACUAUUACACUCUCUGGGAUACUUUUCGCUGCCUCAAUAGCUUCUAUCUGUUGGUCCAGCCACAACGGGGCGUUGGCAUGAUUCGCUCCCUCAUUGAUAUCUGGCGGCACGUUGGCUUCAUGCCAGAUGGUCGCAGCGGCAACCACAACGGCAAAGUACAAGGCGGCAGCAAUGCCGAUAAUGUUUUGGCCGAUGCCUAUGUCAAAGGAUUCACAGAUGGUAUUGACUGGAAUGACGGAUACAGGGCUGUAUGGACUGAUGCAGAAGUUGUCCCGCCUCCGAACAAUGAUCCAGAGGACUCAACUUGUACCGAUAACCAAGGCCGCUGCGGACUUCCUGAUUGGAUCAACUUGGGCUAUGUAUCAACGACUUUUUCGUCGAGUAUCAGUCGUACAGUUGAAUAUUCCUUGAAUGAUUUCUCUGUUAGCCAAAUAGCGAAGGGCAUAGCGCCAAAUAACUACCAAAAGUAUUUGAACAGAUCAGGGAACUGGAAGAAUCUUUGGAAUCCAGCGAUCAAUCAGUAUAAUACAUCAGGCUUUCUUGGUCCUCGCAAUGCCAAUGGUACAAUGAUAACUAUUGCUCCGCAAGACGAAUCUUACACGACUGAAGGCCUUCCAUGGGAAUACACAUGGACGGUUCCAUUUGACAUGCAAAGCCUUAUUGAAAAGAUGGGCGGUGCCGACGCCACAGAAAAGCGCCUUGACAUAAUGUUUGUGCCUGAUCUUCGAACAACAGAUUUAGGUGUGGGAGUGGGUUCUGGAACAACUCUAUUCAAUCCCGGCAACGAACCAAGCUUCGGCACUCCAUUCUUGUAUAACUACCUACCAGGCCGCCAAUACAAAGCCGUGAAUCAGUCUCGCGUGAAUAUUGACGAAAAUUAUUUUACUGGAUCAAACGGCCUACCAGGUAACAGCGAUGCUGGCGCCAUGGACAGCUGGAUGCUCUGGCAGAUGCUCGGCCUGUAUCCAGUGGUAACUCAGCCAGUAUAUCUCAUCCUAGCACCAUGGUUUGAAGAUAUUUCGGUUUCAGUCGGGGGGUCUUAUACCCUUCGGAUCAAGGCACAGGGAUUAUCUAACACUAGUUUCUUUGUCCAGAGCUUAAAAGUUAAUGGUAAGCCUUGGAGCAAGAGCUGGUUAGAGCAUAGCGACAUUGCAAAAGGUGGACUUCUCGAAUUUGUGUUGGGGCCUGAGCCAAAGUCGUGGGAUACUGGGGAUGUGCCUCCUAGUCCGGGCCAUCAGUAG